AGUAUGCAAUUCAUUUAGUUGUUAUGAUGCUAUUUUCUGUCUAUUUUGUUUAAUUAUAAACAAUCCGUUAACUUUCGUUGGCCAAAGAACUCUCGAAAGAACUAAAGAGCAUUUAUAAAUCUUCUGACAAAAUGGUGGUUGCGAAAAGAUGGAAAGAAGCUUCUGCUUAUAUAAUUAUUUCCUUGUUUUGCAUGGCUGUAUCUGUUGUGCUUUUUCUGGUUGGGUUUUCAUCAGCAGUAUGGGUUAAAAAGACAUACGAAGAUAAAGGAAUAAGAAUGUAUGGACUUUGGAAAUAUACAAGAUAUUAUCCAUGGGUUAAAUCCACUGAGGAAUAUAGACUUAGUGGAAUGCUUCUGAGCAGUGAUGAAACACCUUUGUCGGCAACGACUACAGAUUGGUAUAGAGCAACACAGGCAAUGGAAUGUCUUGGAUUGAUUUGUCUAGUUUUGGCUUUACUGAUCCUGUUAUUGUACUUCUGUGUACCAUCAUGUAAAGUACGGAAGGCACUCUAUGGAAUGAUUUUCUUCACAUUUUUAGCAGUAAUUUUCAUUGUGAUUGGAAUUGCCAUUUUCGGUUCGAAGUUCGACGAAAAAGGAUUUGACGUCGGAUGGUCCAUGGGAUUAGCGAUUGCUGCAGCAUUGUUAGCUUUUAUCUCAGGAAUUUUACAAAUUUUAGAGAUGACAUAAUAUUGUAUAUAUAUAUAUGUGUGUGUGUAUGAGUGUUUCAUGUCGUAUAAUCAUUAUAAAUUGUUGUAUGUUUCACUGUUUUGAAUUGUUACAUAUGUUUUGGUGUCAACAGUUUCCACUUACUACAUGUUAAAACCAUUGUUGUCGUUAGAUUAUUAAUUGUUAUAUUUGCUUACAAUGAAUAUACUUGUCGUUACAUA